AUGAGAAGCUGUUGCGCGGACCCCAAAAUACCAGAGCCGCGCACAAACCCCCUCGACAACUACAUCUGUUCAGGUCCGAGGAGUCCGGACCUCUUAGAGCCGGACCCCGCAGUACCCCUCCAGCUUUGAUCUUCCAUUUUCUGAUAUUUACGUUACAUUAGCGAGCGAGCGACCGCAGAGGAGGGGGGAGCAUAUGUCCAUAAACACACGGCCCAUCACAGAGUGGUACUGACACUUCCCAGAGGGGCGCUAAUGGGAGAAGACAUCCUGCACAUGAGACCACCGGGUCAUCACUAUUAGAGCACUAUACGGCGUCAUAUCACUCAGCUUACUGCCAGGAGACAGGAAGAGGGGAGAAAUAUGUGCGUGCGGCGUGGCGAAGAGGGAUUAGAGGAGUGAUGGGGGGGAAUAAUGGAGGAGGAACAGAAGAAGAAGAAGAAGAAGAAGAAGAAGUAAGAGAGUCAAAACAAAGGAAACAAAGACAGAGGGGCACAAAGGAAGGUGGGCCGCAAGACAAAGACAUGCAUAGAGUGGGGGGGGGGAGACAAAGGGAGAUGAUCCACUACCUAUGCAGACUACAGCAGGAAAAUCUGUCUGGACUCCCCUCCCUCCCUCCCUGAGAGAGAGAGAGAGAGAGAGAGAGAGAGAGAGAGAGAGAGAGAGAGAGAGCAGCUAUUACAGUAAUGACCACGAGAGGCGGAGUGACGUCAUGUAUCUAUAGCAUUACUGCAUGUGCUGCUGAUGUAUAGGACAAAGAGAGGAGGGGGAGGGAGGAGGGAGAGGGGGAGAAACAGAAGGACAAAGAUGAGGAGGAGGAGGAGGAGGAGGAGGAAGAGGAGGAGAGGAGGUAG